AUGCGUGGCCGCCCGCCGCGGCAGCCCGAUUUGAGCGAAGAUUUUGUCGUCGGGGAAAUUUUGGAAGACAUCGAGUGCUUGCAGAUCGAUGGCGAACAGUUGGAUGAGUACGACGGCCUCAACGAUGACACAUUCGGAGAUGGAAUUGGCGAGGAGUGGGACCCGUCGGAGACGUUUAUGGCCGCGGAGAAGGAGCCGACAGUUCGGCGCACCGUCGGCAAGCCUCGCGAGCUGGUGAAAUGCGAGCUCUUCGAUUUACCGGAGCCGGUUCCCACACAUCGCCAGCAAAACAACAGAAAUCAGUCACAACGGCAAACUCAGCGGCGGUCGCAGAAUGAGCAGUCUGACAACAGUCAACAAACGAACGCCUCUCGCCGGGGCGACAGGUCGCCUCGAGGAAGGCGCAGCGCCGACACAACUGAUGAAGUCGAUCGCAGAAGGUCGUUCGCCUCCGACCUCCAACGCUACCGCCGGCUGGGCAUGUUCACGCUGAACCCGAAGUUCGUGGACUUGGUGGCCGCCGGGAAAGCGAAGUCUCACCGCCGUUGGCGGAUAUCGCAGCGCACACUGGAGCGCCACGCCAGAGGUGUGAAACGUAGUCCGGAAAACAUGGAAAGGGAGUUAUUCAUGGACGACCACGCGUUCGACCAGAUUUUGCGCAUCCACCUGGCUCAGACAUGCAAGGACCCGCGCCUGCAGAACUACACCGGACGUUGGAACACUCGGCACCUCGGUAUCAAUCCCCCAAGGGAUGCUGCUAGCCCGGGUGACGCGGAAACUGCGGAGACGCAACCGUCGUCGCCAGAGCACAAGAGCGUAGUGAACCCAAACCGCUUCGGCAAGACCAGCGCAGCUUCGGUGCGUUAUGGACGCAAGCUGAUUAGGCUGGACGAGGCGGUGACGUCGCCGACUUCGGGACCCGUACGUAUGGAGCGUCAGCUCCGGGAGACUAUCGAGUUCGGUUAUGAGGCGUUAUACACGUUGUGCGACAUUGAGGAGGACAUCGAACAAUGCCCGAUGAACCACGUCGCGGCGCUGGACAAAAUGCAGAAGGAGCGCGAUGGAAAGCUCAACCAAUUGUACCUCUCGUUGACCACGGGAGUCGUCAGUAUCGAGGAAAUCAUGGGGCUCAACAAGGGGCGCGUGCUCAUGAUCAAGCUGGGCCGCAAGCUCAGCAUCGAGACAAAGCUGCAGCUGGCCUGCUGCAUCGUCAACUGCAUACCUGCGUUUGCGCGCGUCUGCGCAGCAGUGGAUGAGGUUUUGGCAGGAGAGCCAACGCUGUUGCCGCUCAUAGAAGUGCUAUCGUCGGCUACCGAAAUGAAGCCGCUGGUUGCAUUUGAGCGCGAUGAUGUGCAUAUGGAGCCUAGAGGCGGUGUGCUGUUGCAGCACCGGCUGCGUGACGCCAACUCCUACACGCAGUGCUUCCUCCUCAUCAUCGAGUCACUGACCCUUACCGGGCAUCUGUUCCUGCUACCGGCGGAGACAGGCGGGCGCCAGACUGCGUUGCAGCGCUGUUGCAACAUCCUGCUGCGCUGGCAGCAGGGCUGCAACGUGUUCGUGGAGCUGCUUAGGUACCGGGGCGGGGUCAUCUUCAUGAACGUGCUGCUGGAGCGGAUCCGCGACAGCCCCAUAGCAGUGGAGAAGGACUCUGUGGACAUGAUUCUGCACUACACGCUCGAAGCAUCGGAGCAGAUCACCGCCCACGGGGACGAGUGGCGCUCGCUCGCCGCCAGCAUCAUGCGGAUGUUCCAAUAG